CCACAUUGCCUUUCGCAGCAGAAAUCGUCGUGGAAUAGAAAGAGCUUGGAAGGAGCAAUGAUACGGUGGACGUUACCCGGGUUCAGACGUCCGUUCUCUGAAGACUCUCCAUCAUUUCUCUGGCAGAGAUGAAGACUAAGAUCUACAUAGACGAAGUACAGGUCAUCUGAAGUUCAGACCUGAGAUGACACGGAAUCCCGUUCCCUGCUGUAGACACUGUCAUUUGGCAAGGAAAUUGCGUUUUGGCAUGCGACCCGCUUCGAGUGUUGAAACGUUGACAUCGCGCUACCACCCUCUGCUCCCACUUCCACCACUCGUCCGAACGGAAAUCGAACGGUACGGAGUGUAGGAGGAAAGCACGGAACGAACUUUCCGAUACAUGUCUUGAACGACCCUCGGAAAUCGACCGGAAGGCUCCCACUCGCUCAUAAGCCCCUCACAUCCUCCCUACCCCUCACCCACCAUGGCCCAGGACAACACAAACUCGAAAGCCAAGGGCCCGGACCCGAUCCUGCUCACGCUCUUCGCGAACCGCUUCAUGAGCGUCGCGGAGGCGAUGGGCCGCUCGCUCCAGCAGACCGCGAUCAGCACGAACAUCAAGGAGAGGCUCGACUUUUCGUGCGCGCUGUUCGCGCCCGACGGGGACCUCGUCGCGAACGCGCCGUUCAUCCCGAUCCACCUGGGGUCGAUGAGCUUUGCGGUGAAAUACCAGAUGCAGCUGUAUGGGAAGGAGCUGAAGGAGGGCGACGUGCUGAUGACGAACUCUCCCCACGCCGGCGGCUCACACCUCCCCGACAUCACGAUCAUCACCCCCGUCUUCCACCCAACCUCGCGCGACAUCAUCUUCUUCACUGCCUCGCGCGGGCACCACGCGGACAUUGGCGGGAUCCUGCCGGGGUCGAUGCCGCCGACGUCCGUCAGCCUGUUCGAGGAGGGCGCGGAGAUUGUUAGCCUAAAGAUUGUGCGGGACGGGGUGUUUGAUCGCGAGGGGCUGAUGGAGUACAUGUGUGAGCGCCCCGCGCGGUACCCCGGGAGCUCGGGGUGUAGGAAUAUCGGGGAUGUGGAGAGCGAUUUGAAGGCGCAAAUAUCGGCGAACCACAAGGGCGUGCAGCUCAUCCGCGCGAUCGUGGACGAGUACGGGCUGGAGACCGUGCAGGAGUACAUGUACCACAUCCGCACGAACGCGGAAAACUCCGUGCGGCGGCUGCUCAAGGACGUUGUCAGGCGCGCGGGGUCGAACGUGCUCAGCGCGGUGGACUACCUCGACGACGGUUCGCCCAUCAACCUGAAGGUGGAGAUCGACGAGCAGACGGGCAGCGCGACGUUCGACUUUUCCGGGACGGGGUGCGAGGUGCGGGGGAACCUCAACGCGCCGAUCUCCGUCGUGCACUCGGCGGUGAUCUACUGCAUGCGCGCGAUGCUCGACUCGGACAUCCCACUCAACGCCGGGUGUCUCGUCCCGCUCACCAUCAAGAUACCGGAGGGGAGCCUGCUCGCGCCGUCGCGCACCGCGGCGGUGUGUGCGGGGAAUGUGCUCACGUCGCAGCGGAUCGUGGACGUCGUGCUGCUGGCGUUCCACGCGUGCGCGGCGAGCCAGGGGUGUACCAACAACCUGACGUUCGGCGCAGGCGGGAAGGACAAGGAGGGGAAGCACGUCGCGGGGUGGGGGUACUACGAGACCAUCGCGGGCGGCUCGGGCGCGGGCCCCGGGUGGCACGGCACGUCGGGCGUGCACACGCACAUCACGAACACGCGCAUCGGGGACGUCGAGAUCCUCGAGCGGCGCUACCCGGUGCUGAUCCACACGUUCGGGCUGCGCGAAGGCAGCGCGGGCGUCGGGCGCUGGCGCGGCGGCGAGGGCGUAGUGCGGGACAUUGAGAUGAUGGAGCCGAUGCAGGUGUCCAUCUUGUCCGAGCGGAGGACGCGCCAGCCGUACGGCCUCGAGGGCGGCGGGAACGGCGGGUUCGGGCGGAAUACGUGGGUGAAGCAGCCGCGCGCGGCGGACGGGGACAUGCCCGAGGACGCAAGUGUGCCCCCCGCGCCGCGGAACAUCAAUAUCGGUGGGAAGGCGACGGUGUACAUGGGCAAGGGCGACCGGCUGGUGAUAGAGACGCCCGGGGGCGGCGCGUGGGGGGCGGGGGAGGCGGAGAAGGAGAAUGCGCAUACGAGGGCGUGGGAGCCGCGGGGGAGCCUGGCGGAGAGGGCGGCGGCCCAAGCGGCGUUUGGGCCGUGAGCGGGGUGGUGGGCGUUGGUAUCCCUAUGCAGUAUUUAGAUGAAGUGUAUCAGUAGUGAUGCUUGGUUUGUAACUAGCUGUAUCGGCAUUUUUCUGUCUAUGGG